AUGUCUGGUCUUUUUAAAGAGGGUUAUAAUUUUGUUUUUCAUCAUUCCUUACUCAUUUCAUUGAAUAAUUCAAUUAAUAAUUCAUUGAAUAUUUUUACACACAAAUUUAUUAUGCUCUAUUGUACGUGCACUUUUUUGGGGUUGUUUUGGUUACGAAAAGGUGAGGGGAUGUCUAGAGGGGUGAGGGGAUGUCUAGAGGGGCGAGGGGAUGCCUAGAGGGUUGAGGGGAUGCCUUUUUCAGUUUUCCGGAUUUCUAGGAGAAAAUACAGCCUCUGUUUUACGGAUGCCUAUACGAUACCUCCACUUAUCCAGAUACACCCCAAGGUACCGCAGAUGUCGCGGAAAGGGUUCCGCGAAUAGUA